ACUUGCAUUUCAUUUUCUGCAAAUUUUCUGCAAAAAGCUUUUAUUGUGUGCUUCCUACGCGUGAAGUGCUGCAGCAUUUGGGGAUUUCCACAUCAAGCUUUCAAAACCGAAAUCAGGUAAUGCAUACGAGCCUCUGAUUUUGGUUUAGUCGAAGUGUCACUCUCUUUUCUCCCUUUCUGUGGUUGAUUUAGAGUCCUCUGAAGGAACUUAGGGUUAGAGGUAAGAAUGAUUUUGAACGUGUGUUAGAGGGGUUUUUUUUUUUUUUUUAAAGGGUCACGACUUCAUUCCUCCCCCCUACUUCGUGCAGAGAUUGAGAAAAUAUUUUCAGAAGAAACAGUAAGUGUAGUAGGGAGUGAGGUGAUGCCCCUAGAUUAUGGGAGCAUGGAUUCGGAGAGUAGUCCGUCUCCAUCUAGUUCAGAGAAAACGGUGGAGGGGGUGAGAGGAGAUGAGGUGGUGGAGGUUGGGGGGAAUGAGAUGGUGGGGGUUGAGGGGGAUAGUGUGCCCAUUACUAUGGUAGAAAUAGAGGGUAGAAUAGAGAGAGGUUAUGAUGCAGAUGCGGACAUAGUGGAAAAGUUGAAGCAGUACAAAUUUGAACUCAAGACCAGGGAUAGCCUGGGUCAUUUAGUGGAGAAUUACGAGAUCUCCUCCCGAGUAUUAGUUAGGCUAGCUGGGGUAGAGGAGAGAGCGUGUUCUACUCCUCGGGAUCAUUGGAUGCCUGUAUAUGCCCACUAUUUGUUUGCUGGGCUUAGGUUUCCAAUUCCUGAGUUGCUUGUAGGUUUGCUAUUAGAUUAUGGCAUAGGGUUGAGACAGUUAGUCCCCAACGCUAUGAGGGGGGGUAGUAGAAAGGAUAAGGGGUGGUAUUAUUUCACUCCUAGGGUAGCAAAUAGGGAGAGUAGGGCGUUGUUUACGGCGAGUCCUUCAUCCAUUAAAGGAUGGAAGGAAAAAUUCUUUUUUGUAGAUGAUACGGAGUGGGAGAGGAGGGAUAACGAGCCAUUUCCCGAUUCUGCUCUUCUUCUUUCCGCUGCAGCCCCCAAAACCCCCCCCAAGCUGCCGGCAACAAGUUUUUGAGGAAAACCAGUAAAAGCUUAGAUUUUUCCCUUCUUUUUUUGUCCAAGAACCUGAUUUAGAACCCAGAAAUCUUUCCCCCUGCAGGAAGCUCCCGGAUCUGCUCUCCUCUUCCUCCCCUGUCCGCCGGCUGCUCUUGUUGUGGGUGAGAUUUUCGGUCUUUCUUGAAUUUCCCCUGCACAUGCCGUCGGCCUCUCCCCCCCUGCAGCUCCGGUUUUAGCUGGAGAAUUAUGGGAGUGAAACCGAGGACGAGGAAACCAAGGGGAGUGACGAGUUAGAAAGCUAGCCAUCUUGUAAUUGAAUAUGGAUUUUAGAUGUAAAUGAUGAUAUUGCAAGCUAGAUUGUAAUUGGAGAUCGUAUAAAUUCAUUUAUUGGAUAAGUUCCGAGCCUUGUGCAUUUGUGGGACCCACUCACGAGUGCACGGCGUCUAUCGCGCCUCGAAUUCGAGUUUUGGGGCGUUACAAAAAAUUUAACACCAUCAA